UGAAUUUGAAUGGAGCUGUUGAAAGAGGGCGCUGCGAGUUGCUGUGCGGACGGGAGAAGGAGAGAUGCUGGCAGUCGGCCGAGUGGACUGAGCCAGUGUGCAUCUGGGGCCGGGAUGAGGUCGACGACAUGCCCUUCACUUGGUCUCUCGACUGCUGCCUCCACACGCUGCUCGCCUUGCUCUCCACUUUGCUCGUCGCGGCCGCAUCCAAAGUCUGCCGCCCCGACAAACCUUCCAGAUGGUCGAAGUCGCGGCUGGUUUUGGCGUGCGAGUGUUGCCGAAGCGGCGCCGUGUUGACGGGGGUGCUGGUGGGGGUGGUGGAGGCGAGCGAGGCGAUCGUCCUGGCCUUCGGUCCGCACCCUUCUUGGGCCGCGAACCUGGCCCUGGUCGGCUCUCCCCUCGCCACGCUCGCCCUUUUUUCCGCCGCCACGUUCUGCGUCCCAACCUGCAACUCUAAAACCAGAGUGCUGGUGUUGUGCGUGUGGUUGGGCAACGCGGCGGCCAGGGGCGUCCAGCUGCACGGGCUGCUGUCCGAGCAGGGGUUGUCCGCGAUCCGCCACGUGCGCGCCGCCACAGCAUCCCUCGCCACCCUCGUCUUUUGCACCCUCGCCGCCCUCGAAACCACCCUCGUCCUCAACCAGCGAUUGCGGUCGGCCGAGUACAAGCGGGCGGCUGUGGAGGCCAAGGAGGGGGAGGAGGGGGAGCACGUGUACGGCCACUCGACGGCCAGUUUGGCGUCGCAGGCCACGUUCUGGUGGUUGACGCCGCUGCUGUGCAAGGGCGCCGAAAAGCCGCUCGAGCUCUCCGACCUGGGCAAACUGCCCAAGGAGGAAAGCACCGAAGCCUCCUUCAGCAAAUUCAACCUCAUCUACAAUCAGCAAAAUCAGGAGCAAAACGGGAGUCUGUGGCGAUGCUACGCGCGCUUCUGCUGGGCCAAGUUCGCGCUCGGCGGCGUCUUCAAGUUGCUGGGCGACCUGGUCGGCCUGGCCGGACCUCUCGGGAUUUCCGUCAUCGUCGCCUUCGUCCAGACCGCGGACAAACGCACGCCGCAAACACAGUAUUUGACGUUGGCCGAGUUGUUUGCCAACGGCUACGUGAUGGGUUUCGUCGUGCUGGUGGCGUCGCUGGCCCAGGGCACCUUUUCGCAGGCGUCCACGCACCUCGUCAACGUCGAGGGCAUUCACCUCAAGGCCGCGCUCCAGGCGCUGGUUUACGCCAAGUCUCUGCGCCUCGCGCCGUGGAGCUUCAAGGAGGCGGCCGAAGGCUCGGCGGCCGCCGCGGCCCUCGCCGACCCCGCCGCCGUGACCAACCUCAUGUCUGAAGACGCGUACAACGUCAUGUCGUGCGUGUGGAUCGGUCAUUACGUCUGGGCCAUUCCUCUGAAGAUCGCGGUGAUCAUGUGGCUGCUGCACGGCAAGUUGGGUUGGAGCGCCGUGAUCAGCGCCGCGCUGUGCAUCGUGGUGAUGACGCCGCUGCAGUUGUUGGUCGGCAAGAGGAUGUCAGCCAACAGCAAGCACAUCUCGGAGGCGAGCGACGAGCGGCUCAAGAAGAUGAACGAAACCAUCCAGGGCAUCAAGUUGAUCAAGCUGUACAGCUGGGAACACGAGUUCUGCAAACGCAUCCUCGGCGUCCGCGCCACCGAGCUGCGCCUCCUCGACAACGACUCGCUCUACUGGGGCGUCAUGAUGUUUCUGACGCACGCGUCUUCUGCGAUGGUGACGCUGGUGACGUUCGUGGCAUACCUGGCGCUGGAGGAGACGCCCCUGACGGCGGCCGACGUCUUCUCCGCCCUGGCCCUCUUCAACCAGCUGACGGUGCCGCUCUUCAUCUUCCCGGUGACGGUGCCCAUCGUCAUCGGCGCCGUCGUCAGCACCAACAGGCUGCGCCACUUCCUCGCCCUGCCCGAGAUUUCCCAGGACAAAAAGAAGAAGGACGACCCUGAGCCUGAGCCUGCCGAGAUCUCUAGUCGUGUUUUCGACGCUCAAACCGCCGAGGCCGGAGUGGGUGCGGCUGCGAGCGGACUUUGUGAUAGUAGCGAUAGCGUGUUUGGUCCGGCCGGCUUGGACAACAUCGACGAGGACGAGGAGGACGCAGAGGCGGUUUGCGGGUGGCCGGCGCCAAGGGCCGGCGGCGCCGGCGGCGCCGAGGUGCUGGUCAGCGUGGCCGCGGGCAGCGCCUUCGCGUGGCACUCGGACGCGGCGCCGUCGCUGCUCGUCGCGGACAAGAUCGAGCUGCGCAGGGGCACCUUCACCCUGGUCGUGGGGCCCGUCGGCAGCGGCAAGACCUCCCUGCUCAGCGCCCUCCUCGCAGAAAUGCACACCGUCGACGGCGCCGUCACCUGGCACACCAAAUGCGACGUGGCUUACGCGGCGCAGAAACCCUGGCUGCUGAACGCCACCCUGAGGGACAACAUUCUCUUCGGGUCUCAAUUCAACGCCAGAAGGUACUCGAAGGUGUUGGCGGCGUGCGCGCUGGAGCCGGACGUGGCGAUCCUGCCGGCGGGCGACCUGACGCCGAUCGGCGAAAAGGGCAUCAGCCUGUCCGGGGGGCAGCGGCAGAGGGUGGCGGUGGCGCGCGCCCUCUACUCGCGCGCCUCCCUCGUGCUGCUCGACGACCCCCUGUCCGCCCUCGACGCCCACGUCGGCCAGCACGUGGUGGAGGCGGGCAUGCGCCGCCUCCUGCUGCGCCGCCAGGGCCGCACCGUCCUCCUCGUCACGCACCGCCUCCAGCUCCUCCACCUCGCCGACCACAUCGUCGUCAUGCACCCCCACGGCGCCCUCAGGAUUCAGGGGUCGCUGAACGAGAUCGAGCGGAUGGACCCCGAGUUGGUGAGCGAGUGGCGGACGGCGAUGUCGCGGCAGGACGAGCACCAAAAGGCGGCGCGGGGUCGCACGGCCCGCGAGCGCUGGCAGUUGGUGCGUCUCGUGUCGCGCAUCGGCUCGCAGCUCCGCCAAAAGGUCGGCACCCCCGACGCCACCUGGCAAUCUGCAGAGGAGCCACCCGUGCCGUCGUCGGUGUUUGUGCCCUUCCGACGAAGGACGUUCACCAACUCAUUAUCGCGGCGCCACCUUUCGCACGACUUUCCGCUGCCCAUUGAUGAGUGCGGCGACGAGUUCGUUGACGACUUUUCGGCGGCCAGGUCGGCGCCACCAACUGCCGACGCGUCCAGCCGACUGGGAAGGGGCUUUUCAGUGAAAAGGGCCAUUUUCCGGACGGUGUCUCUGCAGGGCGGCAGCCGGAAACGCAGCAGCCGGAAGAGCCGCGGCAGUUUGCCGCAGCUGCAGCGCCAAAUGUCCUCGCCCACCAUGCAGCCCUCGGCCUCGAUCAAGCUGAAGAACUUUGACGGUGCAGGAGGGGUCAAUCGGCAGGGCAGCUUUUUCAAGAGAAUCUUCACCAAUGCGUCUCAGAGAACCGUGGCUGCGUCGGUUUCAAACGACGCCAUCAAUGGACCUGUGGCGGCGGCGAAAGAGAAAAACGUCUUCAGACGCCUCAUUUCCUCAACCUCUUCAUUCAGGUCUUCGGUUUCUGCGUCCGAGGUGGGUGGAAAGCCGGUGGUGCGCAGACUCGCCUCCUCCACCUCGGCCUUCAGCGACGACUUCAACGACGACGACGACAUUGGAGGCGAAAGCGUGGAGAACGAGGAGGACGAGGUGACCCUGGAGGAGGAGCGGGAGUACGGAAAGGUGGCUCGCAGGGUGUACCUGAGCUACCUGCGGGCUUCAGGUACAACCCUGGGCUGCUCGUAUUUGGUCUCGGCGGUCGCCUGGCAGGUCUGCCGCGUCCUCACCGACUAUUGGCUCAGCGAGUGGACAAACUCGACUGACCAGAAAAAUAAGCAGCUCGACUCGUCACAAAUGAAAGAGUACAUGGCGGUGUACGCAGGGCUGAGCGUGUUGUCGAUCGUGCUGUCGGUGGGGAGCAACGCCCUGGGCCAGGUGGCCGGCGCCAGGGCGCGCAGGGUGGUGCACCAGCGCGCCCUGCACAGCGUCAUGCGCUCGCCCAUGAAGUUCUUCGAGGCCACGCCCGUCGGCCACCUCAUCAACAGGUUCGCCAUGGACAUGGCCAUCGUGGACAAGAAAAUCGCCAUCGCGAUCCAAAGACUGAUUCAAUUCCUGCUGCUGUGCCUGUCUGCGAUUCUGGUCAACGUGGCCGUCAGCCCGUGGUUCAUCUUCCUCGCUGUCCCCAUCUGCGCCGUCUACUACUGGGUCCAGAAGUUCUACCGAACCUCGGCAAGAGAACUGCAGCGGCUGGACAGCAUGACCCGUUCGCCCAUUUUCUCGCACUUCGCCGAGACCCUGGGCGGGCUGCAGACGAUCAGGGCGUUCGGCCAGCAGGCCAGGUUCACCAGCAUGCUCAACCACAAGAUGGACACGCACCGAAACGCGUUCCUCAUCCUCAACUCGAGCAACCGCUGGCUCGGCGUCGCUCUCGACUACCUGGGAGGGGUGAUCGUGUUCGCGGCCGUGCUGACGGCGCUGCUGUCGGCCCAUUUGCUGCCGCACGUGGUCACGCCGGCGCUGGUUGGCCUGGCCGUCAACUACACCCUGCUGGUGCCCAUCUACCUCAACUGGGUGGUCAAGUUUCUGGCCGACAUGGAAAUGUACAUGACGGCCGUGGAGCGGCUCGACCAGUACGCCCGCCUGCCCCAGGAGGACUACAAGGAUCACUUGGAGGCCAGCGUGCCCAAGCAGUGGCCGCACGAGGGCCACAUCAAGUUCCAGGGCGUCUCCCUCAGGUACGACGUUUCUAGAGAACCGGUCCUUGCAAAACUCGACUUGGACAUUCCUGCCGGACAAAAGCUCGGGAUCUGCGGACGGACCGGGAGCGGCAAGUCGUCGCUGGCCAUGUCCCUGUUCGGGAUGGUGGAGGCGUUCGAGGGGCGGCUGCUGAUCGACGGGCUGGACGUGCUCAAGGACGUGCCCCUGAGCACCCUGAGGUCGCGCCUCUCGGCCAUCCCGCAGGACGCCAUCAUGUUUGGCGGCUCGCUCAGGGACAACCUCGACCCCAGGGCCGACUUUUCCGACGCGCAGCUCUGGGACGCGCUCGACGUCGCCCAAAUGAAAACCGUCGCCUCAAACCUCCCCGGCGGAUUGGACGGCGAAGUGAAAGAGGGCGGCGAGAACUUCAGCGCGGGGCAGCGGCAACUGUUCUGCCUGGCGCGGGCCGUUCUGCACGGCGCCAGUUGUCUGGUGCUGGACGAGGCGACCAGUUCGCUGGACGCGGCCACGGAGCAGCGCCUCCUCGUCGCCGCCGCCCACGCCUUCAACACACGCACCGUCAUCACAAUCGCGCACCGGCUGGUGACGCUGCUCAAGUGCGACAGGGUGGUCGUCCUGUCCGGCGGCAAAGUGGUCGAGGACGCGUCGCCCACCGAGCUGCUCUCGAGACCCACGAGUCUCUUCAGCGAAAUGCUGCACGCCUCCGAGGAAGGCUCCCUCUUGUGAAAUUCAAAACAAACGCGCACAAACUUGUGUAUUUAACUUAUGCAAUAAACCUCCACAA